UCUAUGAUGGCCCAAGCAGCCUUCGAAAAACUCAAAACCCUGUUUAUGUCUGCGCCGAUCUUGGUACACUUCUCUCCAGAUCGCCAGACUAUCGUGGAAACGGACGCAAGUGAUUUUGCUAUCGCCGCAAUUCUAUCCCAGGUUAUUGACGGAAAGACUCACCCUGUUGCCUUCUAUUCUCGAAAACUUAACCCAGCGGAACUCAACUACGACGUCUGGGAUAAGGAGAUGUUGGGAAUUGUGUCAGCCUUCAAGCAAUGGCGUCACUACCUCGAAGGACCUAGCCGAACGGUUCUCGUAUAUACGGAUCACAAGAACUUGGAAUAUUUUUCAACAACCAAGGUUCUUAACCGACGACAGGCAAGGUGGGCUGAAUCUUUGGCGGAAUUUGACUUCAAGAUUAUUUACCGCCCGGGAACCAAAAAUGGGAAGGCAGAUGCACUAUCGCGACGGCCGGAGUACCGUCCUGAAGGGGGAGGCACGCUUGGGAAACAGCCGAUAGACAGGUUCUUUAAGCCCGGGCAGUUGGCGGAGGAAGAGUUUGUGGUAUCAGCGGUGUCGCUUGCCUCCAAGAGAGUGAUCGACUGGUCUAAGAAUUUUCUGGAUCAUGUCAGGCAGGCGGCAUCGGGAGACCCGAUAUGGGUAGGAAUGAGAGAGAGAGUUGAGCAAGGGGAGAAGCUGGGGGAAUUGAAGGAUAUUGCCGAGAAAGACGGGCUACUCUUCUAUAAGAACCGACUCUAUAUCCCGGCAGACGACCGUAUCAAGAUCCGAAUCGCACAGGCAGAACACGACUCGAAAGUGGCAGGACACUUUGGACAAGACAAGACACUGGAACUCAUCACGCGUAACUUCUAUUGGCCAAAAAUGAACGAGUGGAUUGAUGACUACGUUCGGUCAUGUGACGAGUGCCAGCGCAACAAACCCAGCCGCCAUAAAAAAUACAGUGCGCUUCUACCACUGUCCACGCCACAUUUUGUCUGGCAAUCGAUAUCAAUGGACUUCGUCGUACAGUUACCGGAAUCAAAGGGAUACAAUCAAAUCUGGGUAGUAGUCGAUAGGUUCUCGAAGAUGUCGCACUUCAUUCCCUUAGUACCAGAAACGACCGCGCAGGAUUUAGCAAAGAUAUUCCUCGGUCAAAUCUGGCGACUCCAUGGGCUGCCUCUCGACAUAGUUUCCGACAGGGACGCCAAGUUUACUUCAAGUUUUUGGGCAUCUCUUAUGGAAUUGUUGGAUGUGAGGAUAAGAAUGAGUACGGCUUUCCACCCUCAGACCGAUGGGCAAACAGAGCGAGUCAAUCAAACCCUCGAGCACUACUUACGAGCGUUUUGUAACUACGAGCAAGAUGAUUGGGCAGAGCUACUCCCGUUGGCGGAGUAUGCUUACAACAACUCGGUUACCACCGCCACGGGUCAAUCUCCGUUCUAUACCAAUUACGGUUAUAACCCAAGAACCAACUGGCCGACGGAAGCUGAGGUGGUCAACCCAACCAGUGACCUGGAGAAGAUGGGGAAAUACUAUGAUCGGAAACGGGAUGAAUCGCCGAACUUUAAGAUAGGCGACAUGGUCAUGCUCAAUGCGGCCAAUAUUAAGACACGCCGCUCCACCAAGAAGCUCGAUCAUAAGAAACUCGGUCCGUUCAAAAUUAUCCGACUAGCUGGGAAACGACCCUGUGAAUUGGAACUGCCACCACAAGUCAAGAUCCAUAAUGUGUUCCACAUCGAACUCCUGGAACGUUAUCGACAGAGCAGUAUCCCAGGCCGAGAACAACGUCCCCCAACUCCCGAAGAGGUCGAUAAGGACGGAGAGGUGCUGUACGAAGUGGAAAGUAUCGUGGGGAGCCGGAAGAGCAGAAGAGGAUUAGUGGAGUACUUGGUGAAAUGGCGGGGCUAUUCGAUGAGUGACUGUACUUAUCAAGUCAUGGACGCUAUGAACGAGGACGUACUUGAUCUAGUGCGUGACUAUCAUCGAAGGAACCCCAAGGCCGUGAAGGACCAACGCCUGAGACUAUAG